GAAUUUGGGUAGAGAAAGUCUUCUUAUUUUUCAAGAGAGCUUAAAAUAGGGUUUGUCUUUUCCCUCUUUUGCAUUCAAUUCUUCUCUCCAUUUCUUUGUGUCAUCCCAUCUCCUUCAAUUACUCCAUAACCGCCUCAACCCCUCUCUCUUUCUAUACUAUGUUGAUCUCAAAUUUCUCUAUAAAGCCACUUAAAAUGAUAUCAAGAUUCUAGGUUCUCAUCUGGCUCUCUCUCAUGGCUUCAAACAAGGUCAGCACCAACAACAACGAGCAUCAUCACUCUACACAAAUAGCUCAACAUCAUCAGAUGCAACACGAUGAUCAAAUCAAUCAUCAUCAAAAUCAAAAUAAUAAUCACAUGUUCUCGUUCGGGAUGAUGCAAUCAUCCUCAUCAUCCACGCCCUUCAAUAUAAGCAAAGAAUCCGGCGCUUACGACUUAGGAGACUUAGAUCAAGCUCUAUUUCUCUACCUCGAUGGACAAGAUCAAGACCAACGACAGAUGAGGCCACACACUCUCAAUAUUUUCCCCUCUGAGCCCAUGCAUGUAGAGCCAUCACCAAAACCAUCAAUCAUCAAGGGAAUAAGCAGUGGUUCGAAGAAAUCAUCUGAGCCAUCUAAUCACAGAAAUUAUGUUCAAGAACCGGCCAAAGUAGUUAAGCGUGAGGGAAAUCGCAAAGGGCAUACCUCUAGCUCAGAGCAAGAUGGUCCAAAAACAUCUGAUCCAAAGACUCUGAGGAGGCUUGCACAGAAUAGAGAAGCAGCCAGGAAAAGCAGGCUUAGGAAAAAGGCUUAUGUUCAGCAAUUAGAGUCAAGCAGAAUGAAGCUUACUCAAUUAGAACAUGACAUUCAAAGAGCAAGAUCACAAGGAGUGUUUUUGGGAGGAAAUGCUAACGCAGGUGGAGAGCAAGGCCUUCCUUGUACCAACAUAUCUUCAGAUGCGGCGUUGUUCGACAUGGAGUACGCUCGGUGGCUGGAGGAGCACCACCACCUGAUGGUGGAGCUGAGGAGUGCGGUUCACGAGCACCGGCCAGAGAGCGAGCUCCAGAUCCUGGUCGACAACUCGUUGGCCCACUACGACCAGAUGAUCGGCCUCAAGAGCGUGGCUGUCAAGUCCGACGUCUUCCACAUCUUCUCCGGUAUGUGGCGGACCCCGGCCGAGCGCUGCUUCUUGUGGAUGGGCGGCGUCCGGCCGUCGGAGCUCAUUAAGAUAAUAAUGAAUCAGGUGGAGCCGUUGACGGAGCAGCAAAUGGUGGGGAUUUACGGGCUGCAGCAGUCGACGCAGGAAGCAGAGGAAGCUCUCUCUCAAGGGCUUGAGUCAUUGAACCAAUCUCUCACGGAAACCAUAGUUUGCGACACUCUAACUCUUCCACCAAACAUGAACACAUUCAUGGCGCAAAUGUCUGUCGCCAUUAACAAGCUCUCAACUCUCGAAGGCUUUGUUAGACAGGCUGAUAGCUUGAGGCAGCAAACCCUUCACCGACUGCAGCAACUUCUGACGACCCGCCAAGCAGCGCGGUGCUUUCUGGCCAUCGGAGAAUACUUCCACCGCCUCCGCGCCCUCAGCUCCCUCUGGCUCACCCGCCCCCGCCAUGACUGA